UUGCAGGACACCAGUUCGUCACCUCAAAUCAAAACGCUUUUGGAAUCUUCAAACAACUUUAAAAACACUAACACAGCUACUGUAUAGGCGAAUACAUAUGAGAUGCUGUCAUGUUAUUCUGACUUUAAGAAACCCUCUUCUCAGAUAAAGACCAGAAAAGACGUGUCCACAAUGGGUUAACAAGUUGACGUCUCUCAGUUGAGAGUCUCUCGCAGGCGCUAAAUCUGAAGAGCACUUCAAAGAGGGAUUCGCAACACCACACACAUACACACUCACAAAUCAAACUACAGACGAACAAACUAAUAUAUUGAGCUUUUGGUAAAAGAUCGACUCUACUUUGGGGCUGUAUAAAACUUUAAUUAGAGCUGCCAUAAACAAGAAGACACACGGCGGACUGCGCGCGAGCGAGGAGUCGCAUCAAUCACGCAAAAUGCUGCGAGGCUUCACACCUUCGCGCUGAUCGGCGCGUUUCGUAAGUCAUCGCUGCGUUCCGUCGAUCUAUUGAACAGUCACCCGGACACUACUUUACAAUAAAACCCUAUUUUAAAAGCAGCCUUUCCUGUCCCGAGCACAUUUAUCAAUAUCACUGACGCCUCCGGGACCCUCUCCAGCUGUGCCGUCAUAAACCGCUGGUUACCGUCACUUUUCAACAUGAUCAACACCUUUUGCCAAGGGUAGUUGAGAGCAAUGGCACUUUCUUGUAAACCCUGUGAACUGGAUAUUUGCUUCUCCCACCUCAAGUAAGAGUCAAAGACCAUUUUCUGUAGUCAAGAUGCAGAUUCUUUCAGCUGUUUUACUCCUUUUCUGUUUGCACAAGUGCUGUUGGAAGGUCACAUGCAGAAGAGUCCAUAUUCCAGAGGUGGGCCUCGUGGACUGGGGGGAGGUUGAAAAUGAGGAGCACCCCUCCCCCAAAAGCGCCAGCCCCCGCGUUCUCAACCCCCUGCGCCUUUUCGCCCGGGGAUCCCUUGGGUUCAAGAGCAACAGGAGGGAGAUUACAUAUUUGGAAAACAUCGAGGACUCUUGGGACUGGUUAUCUAACCAGACAGAUGUCAAAGAGGCGCAGAGCAGGACUAAACGCAGACCAAUCGUGAAAACGGGCAAGUUUAAAAAAAUGUUUGGCUGGGGUGACUUCAACUCCAACAUCAAAACUGUGAAACUAAAUCUCCUCAUUACAGGCAAGAUAGUGGACCACGGCAACGGCACGUUCAGUGUUUAUUUCCGCCACAACUCCACGGGCCUGGGGAACGUCUCUGUAAGCCUGGUGCCGCCUUCCAAGGUGGUGGAGUUUGAGAUCGCCCAGCAGUCCACCCUGGAGACGAAAGACUCGAAAUCUUUCAAUUGUCGUAUCGAGUACCAGAAAACAGACCGCAGCAAAAAGACUUCACACUGCAGCUAUGACCCGUCCAACACGUGUUACCAAGAAUCCACCCAAAGCCACGUAUCCUGGCUCUGCUCGAAGCCCUUCAAAGUCAUAUGCAUCUACAUUGCCUUUUACAGCACUGACUAUAAACUGGUGCAGAAAAUCUGCCCAGAUUACAACUAUCACAGUGACAUGCCGUAUGCAUCCACGGGUUAAGAACCAGUCCAUCCUAGACAGUAAGAACUGUCAACCUCAUUUUCAGCAUGUGUUUUUUAUUUGAUUUAGAAGCAGUUAAAAUAAAUCCAGAUGUUUCACAUUAGGCUACACUAUUGGCAUUGCCUUGGGCUUUUGUGAUAUGGCAGUCACAACGUUUGAUGGCAAAAUAACUGAUCAACACUUUUGUUUUUGGCUUUAAACAUCCCACGGUCCCACAAACAUCCCACUGUUUGAGUUCCAUUGGGAACACAUCAUCGUUCGCUACUUCUCAAGUUAAUAAAUCACAGACUUACUGAGGAUAGAUUACACAUGAAACACCUUUUUAUUGUGCGGUUUAUGUGUGUGUUAGUAUGUGUUUGUUAUAUUGAGCAAUGUGGCCUCUUGUUCAGCACUAAAUUGUGUGAAGCAUUUGUCAAGAUAAGUGCGAACGGGUUAAAUCAUUCUGCAAAGACAUUACAUACAAAUUACUCUCAGUUAUUUAGCAUUUCACAAAAGAUCUAUGUGUGAAUUGAGAUGUGUAUAAUUUCAAAGAGUAAUUUGUGACGUCUCACGAGAGCAUAAUUCAUUGGACAGGUGGAUUUAGUGAAUCUGGCAGCCGGUUAACAACCCUUUGUCAUGGUCUCGCCACAGAGAUCCACAUUUCCAGGCUCUAAUUAACAUUAAUUAUAGUGGGAAAUUUCACUUACAAACCAUGACAAAGGGGACCGGAGCCAGAAACUGAAAUUUAGUGUGUCAGUCAUGUAGCUAGCAAACAUCUAUUCAUGCCAGUGACUUCAAACUCUUUCAUGUCCUCUGUUCCUGGAAAAGUGAAAAUGUGUAAGGAGUAAAUACAGAUGUUUACGCAAACGCACAUGAGGGUAAAGUAAUACAAUAUGCGAGUCUACCUUGUAUUGAUUCUUUCAUAAUUUAAAACAGUAUAUGGAGAUCAUUUGAAGGAAUCAUUUUUGUUUGCACAUUAUAGUCUAAAUGUCAGUGUGUCACAGUGAACCAGUUGAAAUGCCACAGUCUGAUCAUCAGAACUGGACUUCUCAGGUUCCAUAUGUGUGAGUGUGUGUGUGUGCCAAACAUUUCUCCCAUAUCAAGAGCCACUGAUCUGGAUCACAGUUCUGCUCGAAGUGAAGAAUCAGAUGGAUAAUUAAUUGUACUGAUACUCUAAUUGUCUGUCACACAAACAUUAUUAUCAAGAACAUGUCGAUAUGAAGAUAGCUGUUUAUAAUUGUAUUUAGUUUAUAAUCCCAUGUGGAAUUUUGUGAAUAGUGUAUAAAUGUGACUAUAAAACCGUGUGUAUUUUACCCUUUAAGGAUGAAUUUGUUUCUUAAAUCUGUCAAUCUAGCAUAAACAGUUUUUUUUACUUUUGGUGUUUGACAGUUAUAACAAGUAGAGCUGAGUCAUCUAGCUUGUCACAGCUUUUUUUUUUUCUCAGCAAAUUGUAUGCUUUAUGUUUGUCUUAAAUAUCUGUAAAAUACAAAAGAAAAGAAAAAACUCAAAGAAAAUACCUGAGAGCUUCCAGCUUUCUUUUAACCCUCUAUGGUAAGCAUUUGCACUGAUUUGACAUGAAACAAUUUUCACUCAGAAAUAAUUUCACAAAUUAUUUUAAAUUAAAUAAUUUGUAAGUAAAAAAGACAGAAAUAGUCUUGUAAAAUGCUUUUAAAAAAUUUUUUUUUACAGUGUGAAUAAUUUCUUGUCUUUCUUUUAUAAAUUAUUGCACACCUUUAUUAUUUAUACUUAAAUAUUUCCCUAAAAAACAAGUUAAUUCUCCUUCAAAAAAGCAAUUUAUAAAGCACUUCGAUGUGCCUUCCUGCGGGUGAGAAUAUCAAAUGUCGUGGCUUAAAAACAUUAUAUUGUUUUCUUUAAAUGUCCUUUUAUUUCAUUAUUUUUAUUUCAUUUGUUAUAGUUAACUUUUACAGUGAUGGAAAAAUGAUGCUGCCAUAUUGAAAAAUUGCACCAUAGAGGGUUAAUUUAUUGAUUUUUUUCACUAUCACAAAUUUAAUCAUGAAACAUAUCCAGACAGUGAGAUUUGUAGUGAAACAUUUGCAUAUCCUUUGUUCUUUUUAUUACAGCAUAAAACACUCAUUCUUCAAUCAGUAAAAAAAUCCUGCAAAUCAAUAAAUCAAAAAAUUACAUCAUGUGAUAUAUUUCAUUUCAUCAAGUUUUAAUACAUGAUCAUUUUCAAUAAAAAGCUUUCUGAUGUAUGGACCAGUGGUGCAUAGUUUGUAUGCAUACUCUUCCUCAAAUGUGAACCUUUUGUUUCUUUCAAAAAUGGAUUGUCAUGUUUUUGGCUUUCAACACUGACGGCCUCCUACCAUCCGAUUCACACAGAAGAAAAGAAAAGAACAAAAGACAA